AUGAGGGCAAUUUCGUUCGUUUCUUUGUUGUGUCUAUUCAUAGGCGUUUUUUGCAGCUCAUGGAAUGCUAAAGAGGGUGUCGUCAAACUCCUCAGUCCUACAGGCUCCGUAAAGACUGGAUCGACGAACAGAUUUGAUGAUUUGAAUACUUUCGUUGAGUUAGACUCGUCUCUAGAGGAUACAUUGCUUGUACAAUUUACCUGUGCCAUUGAUGAUGAAGUUUCUGUCCCUCAUCAAGCCCAUAUAUUGAUUAGCGAUAGGAAAAAGCCUAGUUCUUCAAUUAUUUACCCUGUCAAGGUUAAUACAAAUGGAGAUGCAGUCUUGAAAUUGCCUUUAGCUGAAUUACCCUCUGAGUUAAUUCAAAGUGAGCAUGGUCUUUUGACUACUCUAAUGAUCGGUUCUUUCGGUGAUGCCUCUCCUUCUUCUAGUUCUCUAGGAUCUCUUGUCUUUGACUCUGGUUCUCUUCCUGUUUUCCAGGCCAAAUCAUCCAUUGAAGCAGAAACUUCUCCUAAACCUACCAUCCUCCAUACAUUCGCUGCUCCUCCAAAAGCUGCCAACAAGUUUUUAAGCCUUGUAUUUUCAGCCGCCGUUGCUGUUGCUUCCGUUGCUCUUCUUAUAGUUUGGAUGCAAUUCGCUGAAAAGACAUCCGUGUACUCUGUUUCUUCCUCUUCAUUGGGCCACAUUCUUUUUUUCGUUUCGCUCGCUGCCGCUGAAGGUCUUUUAUUCUUUUACUGGACAUCUUUGACCAUCUUCCAACUUAUAAGAUAUAGUGUUUUUAUUUUCGCUGCAUUUGCUGUUAGUGCAAAGCUCUUGUAA